UUGUAAUCACCAUGGCAGCAGUGGAUCAUUUCUCCCUCUUGUACAGGGAAAUCAGUCGUUCCUGCAGUUUCUACAUGGAGGCCCUGGCUCUUGUUGGAGCCUGGUACACAGUCAGAAAGUGUGUGUCUCUGGCGUGUGGCACUUACAGCAUGCUGCGGCUGCACGUCAUCCCCAGGCUGGGCGGGGAGGUUGAUCUCGUCAGGCAGUAUGGACAGUGGGCUGUGGUCACUGGCAGCACGGAUGGCAUCGGGAAGGCGUACGCCCAAGAACUGGCAAAGCGGGGAGUCAACAUCAUCCUGGUCAGCAGGAACAAGGAGAAGCUGGAGGCCGUGUCCAGGAGCAUAGCUGAGACCUACAACGUGGAGACAGAGUUCAUUGUAGCUGAUUUCAGCAAGGGGCGUGAGCCUUACCCAGCCAUUAAGGAGGCUCUGAAAGACAGAGAAAUUGGGAUUUUGGUGAAUAAUGUGGGAAUGUUUGCUGGCUACGCGAACUAUUAUACUGAUCUGUCUGAGGAUAUGCUGUGGGACACAAUCCAUACCAAUAUUGCCUCUGCUAACAUGAUGACACAUAUUGUGCUGCCAGGUAUGGUAAAGAAGAAGAAAGGGGCAAUUGUGAACAUUUCUUCUGUAUUCUGUAGUCAGCCAACACCACUGGUAACAACCUAUGGAGCCUCUAAAAUCUACUUGGACUAUUUCAGUAGAGCAAUACAUUAUGAGUAUGCCUCAAAAGGAAUUUUUGUUCAAAGUCUAACCCCAAGUACAAUUGCUACAAACAUGGUAGCAUUCAACAGCUGGUUGAACAAGAGAUCUUUCUUGUUUCCUUCUGCUGAGGAAUAUGCAAGUCAUGCUAUUUCUACUCUUGGGUUAUCCACAAGGACCUCUGGUUUCUGGAAGCAUGAAUUACUGUUCGCGCUGGCCGAGCGCCUGCCGGAGUGGAUGUGGGCACGGCUCGCCCUGUACCUCGGCGGGAUCGUACGCCGGCAAGCUCUGCACCCCAAGUGAAACAGGGGCACCCACAUGUCCUGUGUGACGCGUGCUCAGUGAUCAGACUCUGAUCGGUGCUGCAGAGACGUGUAAUGAACCUCGGAGGACUUCCUGUAACUUACCCAGACCUUGUUAAACAAGCUUUGUAACCUAGACAGCAGGAGUCUGGAUCCUUUCUGUAUCCUUGUAUUAAACAGCUCCUCUGGUGCUUUCCUCUGCAACAAAA